AUGGCUGGGCUGGUCGCAACUAUGCCUCAUGGUGGAGAUCUCGAAAUGCUGCAUGGGAGUGCGUCAUUGGAGGUAACGUCAGGUUCCGCUGGCGCUAACCACAUAAAUGUUGUGGAAUAUGGAUGCUCACCUGAUGCCAGCGCAACCAAAGCAGAAGCGGCGCAGAAUUCAGAGGGAGCAGCGCAGAGAGACCGACUGCUGGUGGACUUGGGCCUGGGCGGGUACACGCCGGUGGGGCUGGUGCCGAACAUCCUGGAGUUCAUCCACCUGGACGUGGGCCUCCCUUGGUGGGGGGCCAUCGUGGCCGGGACGGUACUUGCUCGCACUCUGGUCUUCCCUGUCAUUGUGAAGGGUCAGCGAGAGGCUGCAAAACUCAACAACCAUCUUCCUGAGAUGACAAAACUGAUCAACAAGAUGAACGAGUCCAAAACCAAUGGCAACAAGUUUGAGUUUGCUAAAGCGUACUCUGACCUGAUGCUCUUUCAGAAGAAACACGAUGUUAACCCGCUCCGUGGAUUCCUGGUGCCUCUCGUCCAGGCCCCCAUUUUCAUCUCGUACUUUGUGGAUUUGCGUCAGAUGGCCUACCUACCCGUGCCCAGUUUACAGACAGGAGGCUUAUGGUGGUUCACAGACCUCACGGCGCCCGACCCAUUCUAUCUGCUGCCGAUAAUCGUCACCAGCACGAUGUGGGGCAUCAUCGAGCUUGAUGCUGAGUCGGGUGUGGAUAAUCCUAAUCUUCGCACCAUGAAGGUUGUGUUCCGGAUAAUGCUGUUGGUCAUUCUCCUCUUCACCAUGUCCUUCCCCACGGCCGUCUUCACCUACUGGCUGACCUCCAACAUCUACUCGCUGGUCCAAGUGGGAUUCCUGCGCAUUCCGGCUGUCCGGAGGAAGCUGAAGAUCCCGGAGCAGAUCAAACACGACUCCUCGGUGCUGCCUUGCAGCGAGGGCUUCCUCAAGAGUAUGAAGUCAGGCUGGAAGAAUGCCCAGGCAGCACAGCAGCUUGAGGAGAGGAAGCGGAGAAUCAAACAUCACCUGGACCUCGCAGCCAAAGGACCCCUGAGGCAGACGUUUGCACAGAACCCGCUCAAGCAGACAGAGCCCUCCCCUCGGACUCUGGGGGGGAGCAGCCAAAGCAAGAAACAACCAUGGCAGGACACAAUCGGCUAGAGGCCGCCGUGUGGAACAGG